AUGAAAUCUAUAAUGGGAAGAUGUAGGAUGAUUGAAGAUCUUGAUAAGAUAACAUGUAAAGGAUAACAUAAUGAUAAAAUAAGUUUAUUAGUUAUGCUUGAAAAUGAUUUACAAAAUGAAUAGAGACUAUACUGUGAGAAAUGUCUAUAAACAAAGAAAGGUGUCUUAAACGCAAUUCCAUUUGAUGAAGCAAAAUCAAGAAUAGAAAAAUAAUAAAAUAGACAUUUUAGUGAAUUAAAUUAUUCAAUCCUAUAAAGAAUAAAGUUUAUCGAUGAAUUUUCAGAGAACAUAAUAAGAGUAUUAUAAACAAUUGAAUAAUUUAUUAAAGAUUGUGAAUAGAGAAUAAAAUUAUGGUAGGAUUAAUUAAUAAAAUUUAGAGAUGACAAUUAUACAUAUAGUUUAAUACAAGAACUUUCCAAUUUAAAAAAGGAAGAAAAUUAAUGGGUGCAAGAGAAAUAUUUGGAUUCUCAAAAUUAAAUAAAUUUGAUUGAUUAAGAUCAUAGUCUCCAUCUAAAAUUCACGGUUGACGAAAUAUAACAGUAAGUUUAGAAUAUUGUUAAAGCACACGAACUACUUUAAGAUAAUAUCUAAAUCCAUUUUAAAAAUCUAAUUAACUAAUCCCAGAAGGAAUAAGAAUAAGAGCAACUUUAAAAAGAAAAUAUAUAAUUAAGUCAAAGAUUUUUCAACAAACUAUUUAAUAAAUUAGUUUAAGAGAUAAGAUAAAAUGAAAUAUGUUAUGCUAUAGGAUUCAAUCAGAAUGAUUCUAUAAUGGCUGCUGGAUUUAAUGAAUGUAUAAAGAUAUGGAAAAUAGAAAAUGGAUAAUUUAUAGAUUCAUAGAUCAUUUUAAAGGGGAAAUCAGAAGUCGAUUUUGCUAUUUGCAUAACUUUUAGUAAAAGAAAAAAUCUCUUUGUUUAUGGAAGUUAUGAUCAUAGUAUUGGAAUAUGGAAUGAGAUUGAGAAUGGCUAAUGGAAUCCAUCAGAUUCUUCAAAUGAAAUGUCUCAUUCAGGAAUGGUUACUUGCAUUCUUUUUAAUUAAUGUGAAGAUUAAGUGAUAUCAGGUAGUCAGGAUAAGUCUAUAAUCAUUUGGAAAUUCAAUGGCACUUCUAUUAAAUUCGAUUAGUAGUUAAUUAAGCAUAAAAAUACUAUUUUUAACAUAUGUAUGAAUUAAUAAGAAACUGAAAUUGCUUCAAUGAGUAAAGAUUAAUAAAUAAUUAUAUGGGUAAAAAUAUCAAAUAAAUGGAAAAUUAAAUAAAUAAUUUAGUAAUCUAAUAUUAAUUUUGGAGAUAUAGUUACUUUUAUAUCCAAUGAUGUGUUAGUAUUAUAUUAAAAUUUCUAAAAGUUCACCUAUGCUCGCUCAACGAUUGAUACUCAUUUUACUUAAAUAUCAGAACAAAGUCUUGAUUUAACUGAUAUUGUUAAAAACGAUGAAUAAUAUCUAUUUCCAACUUUUCAUUUUAUUCAUAAAAACUUAAUAGUUUAGAAAAAAGAUGGGAAUGUUUAUUUUGUUGUUGUUGAUGAAGAUUUCUAACCUUUAUCUUUAUCUAAACUUUACAUAAAUUAAAAAAAUACAUUUUAUGGUAACAUAACCAAUAAUGGUAGAUAUUUAGUUAUUUGGAGCUUUGGGGACUUAGAGUUUAAAAUUUAUAAGUUAUCCUAUUUAUGA